AUGGUUCGAAAAUUAAAAUUUCACGAAAAAAAACUUCUUAAAAAAGUUGAUUUUAUUGCUUGGGAAGCAGAUAAUAAUUUACAUGAAAUAAAAAUUAUGAAGAAAUACCAUCUGAAAAAAAGAGAAGAAUAUACACUGUACAAUAAAAUUUCACGUGAAAUAAGAGAAGUUGCUAGAAAGAUAAAAACAUUAGAUCAAAAUGAUCCAUUUAGAACAGAAUGUAGUUCUAAAUUAUUGGAAAAGUGUUAUAUCCUCGGACUUAUUCCUACUAAAUGGGACUUAGCUCUAGUAGAUAAAAUAACUGCGAGUAGUUUUUGUAGGAGACGAUUACCUGUUAUGAUGGUUAAAACUAAAAUGGCAGAAAAUAUUAAAGCAGCUACUGAAUUUAUUGAACAGGGUCAUGUAAGAAUAGGACCUGAUUUAGUUAAAGAUCCAGCUUUUUUAGUGUCUAGGUAUUUAGAAGAUUUUAUUACAUGGGUCGAUACAUCUGCCAUCAGAAAGCAUGUACUGAAUUAUAAUGAUGAAGUAAGUCUAGUUUUCCUUCUUAUAGUUGCAAAGUUUAGAUAG